AUGAUCGUGAAAUACAAGUGCUAUAUUCUUGUCUGCGUAACGUGGCAAAUCGCAGUGGUCUCUGCAGCCGAUCAUCUACUCGAAGGUAUUUAUUGCGGUAAAGAAAACUGUUAUGAAGUACUAGGUGUCACAAGAGAAGCAACUAAGAAUGAGAUAGCUAGAAGUUACCGACAGCUGGCUAAAAGGUUCCAUCCAGAUUUACACAGAAGUCCCGAAGCAAAAAAAGAGGCAGAAGAAAAGUUCAAAGAGAUCGCAACAGCUUAUGAAAUUCUAAGAGACGAAGAGGAACGUUCAGACUAUGACUACAUGUUGGACAAUCCACAAGAGUAUUAUGCUCACUACUACAGAUAUUACCGGCGGCGUAUGGCGCCUAAAGUCGAUGUUCGCAUUGUCAUCGCCGUAACUAUAUCUAUUAUAUCAAUUAUCCAGUAUUAUAGCGCAUGGUCCAAGUACGAUACAGCCAUUAAAUAUUUUAUGACAGUGCCAAAGUAUAGGAAUAAGGCUCUUGAAUUAGCCAAAGCUGAAAUGAAGGAAGUACAGGGUCGGAGUAAGGUUAAAAAGUCUAAAGCUGAACAGAAAGAGGAGCAAGAUAGACUAAUACGAAAGGUGAUUGAGGAGAAUAUGGAUAUCAAAGGUGCUUAUGCUAAGCCCGAAAUAGUUGACAUACUCUGGGUGCAGUUAAUCAUUUUACCCUACACUAUUGCAUAUUAUAUCUACUGGUAUCUGAGAUGGUUUUGGAGGUUUACAAUACUAAAACAACCAUAUGGUGAAGAAGAGAAAAUGUAUCUUAUUAGAAAGUAUAUGAAUCUUGGACAGCAUCAAUUUAAUGCUAUCGAGGAAAAAGAGAAACAGGAGUUUUUAGAUGAGGAGCUUUGGAUUAAAGAGAACUUUAAAGUAUGGAAAGAAAUCAAAGAUGAAGAAGCGAAAAAAGCUCUAGCCGAGAAUAAUAAAUAUAAACAGUACAGGCGAUAUAUAAAACAACAUGGAGUUGGGAGGAUGACCUUUGAUGAUUCAUAG